GCGAAUCGCAACUUUUGCUCCGGCGCCGCGCCGUGUCCGGGCUUCGCUUCCCUCGGCGGAAUCUCCCUGUUUUUCCCCGCCGGCCCCGAUCCUUCGGGGUCUCGCCCGGUUCGCUCCCGCCUGCCCGCUCCUCCGUGCAUUCGCUUCUGGCCUCGCCCGGACGGAGCGCGCCUCCGGGGACCGCCUCGCCUCUUCUCCCUGUCCGCGCGCGGCUCGCUUUCCCCCCGGGGUCCGCGACCGCUUGCUCGCCCCGGCGGGCAGAGGCGGGCGCGCCUCUGCCUGCCGCCCUCGGAGCUUGCCAGCCGCCCGCCCGCCUUCCUCUGCAGCUCCGAUGAAACCCGGCGGGGGAGCCGAGGCGCCGGAGGGCGAAGGCGCGGAAGGGGAACGCGAGCCGCUGAACCCCGAGUCUUCGGAGCCGCUGGGCGUCUCCGCCACCUACCGGGAGUUCGUCCGGCGAAGUUACCUGGAGCUGAUGAGUGCCAACCAGCACUCGCUGCACGCCCUCAACUGGCGGCGGCUUUACCUCAGCCGGGCCAAGCUGAAAGCUUCCAGCCGCACUUCGGCUCUGCUCUCCGGCUUUGCCAUGGUAGCCAUGGUGGAGGUACAACUGGAAGACUACGACUAUCCUUGGCAGCUGCUGGUGGCCUUCAGUGCCUGCACGACGGUGCUGGUGGCCGUCCAUCUCUUCGCUCUGAUGGUCAGCACGUGCAUCUUGCCCAACAUCGAAGCUGUCAGUAACAUCCACAACCUCAACUCGGUCAAUGAGUCCCCCCACGAACGCAUGCAUCACUACAUUGAGCUGGCCUGGGGCUUCUCCACGGCUUUGGGGAUUUUCCUCUUCCUUACCGAAGUGGUGUUGAUCUGCUGGGUCAAGUUUAUGCCUGUCGGCAACAUGGGGACGAGCAGGAAGUGCUGCGCUCCAGAGCAGCUGCAGGACGGGAACGCCACGGCCUCUUCAGACAGCUCCGGCUGGAACGCUGCCAUGGCCUCCACGGUGAUUAUGGUGCCCGUCGGCAUCGUGUUCAUCAUCUUUGCUUUGCAUUUCUACCGCUCCUUGGUGGGGCACAAAACUGAUCGGCACCAGCAAGAGCUGGAAGAACUUAACCAGAUCAAAUAUCAGCUGGACGGAGAAGCCACGGCUCUGCAAGUGGUGUGAACUGGCAGCCUCGCUUGAACUGCCACGGCCGUGAACUUUUAGAGAGAAAGGGCCCCGUCGUCCCUCUUAUCCUUGUGUUUUUGUCUCGACGGAAAAACUGUUAACGUAACUGCCGCUGUUGGAAUUUAACCCCAAAGCUGUGUGAUGUUGAUGUCACUCCACAGUCUCCCAACGUCCAACGACAUUCGUUUGCCUUUCCUAGGAGACAAUUAUCAAGCCCAGGACACGUUGUUGAAAUAGGCUGCUCCUGAAAAGCAAGGGAGUGAAAUCUAGGGAGCCUUCUUCCUUGGGGAACUUCUCCAUUUGGUGGGUUUUUGAUCGUACAGUAAAAUGUUUACAGUAGGCAGUUGUUGGGGGAAAAGAACAGCUUUGGUCUGUCCAGCUUUGGUGAGACUGUUGCUUUGCCGUCUAAAGAUUUCAACUUUGUUUUUCUGCGGAACUGGAGAAGACAAUCAAAGGGUCUUUGGUAUUUCUGAUAUUUCGAAAUGAGUGGGUUUGAAAAGGUUAAUGCAGUCCAUUCAUUUUGCCGUUUGCUUCUUUUCCCAUCUCUGCCUCUGGAAUGGUAAAGAGUUCACCAACCAAGAUUGGUUGGGCUGACUUUUGAGCAGGUGUUAAAACCGCUGUGUCCCAAGAAAGGGGCCUAAUUUUCUGAAGCUGAUCUCCAGCUUUCACUGUGCAGUUCCCCUCGCUGCUUAUUGGACAAUUCAUUUGAAAAUAUCCGGUACCAAACCUCCCGAUCAAUUUGAUGGAUCAGAGGGGCUAGGAAGUACUUGCAUCUUUGAUUCGGCAUUGUAAAUCCAGUUUUUCCAGUUGGUUCCCUUUCCCCCUCCUUGGGACCCCCUAAAUCCCACAGUCCCAGACAGAACGUUUGAUCUAGCUAGCACAUCUGGAAGGCACUAGGAUGGAGAAAGCUGUGCUCUAGCCAGUCUUUUGCAUGCACUCUGCACCAUUCCUCAGAUGCUUGUUUGCUUACCUCUAUGGAAACUUGGCAUCAGUUUUGGAUCAUUGUCAGAGUUGGGGUCAGUACAGAAAGUUGGACUUCUGACUAAGGAAUUCCUGGGACAUGCAUAUUAUCCCCAUAUAUGUGCUUUGCCCCCAGUCAUAAAUUGCCUGGUGCUCCCCAGGGAUCCCUAUUUAUAGAGACCAAGUCACACAGUAUCUGGGGGGGACAGACUGCUUGGCUCCACUGGGAGAUUGCUUUGUUGCUUGGGUUGGUUUUUUUUCUUUUUUCCAAAGAAGGAAGCAGACUAUUGGGGUGUGGUAGAAGUUAAAUCUUAAGUCCAGUUUAGGAACUUGGGGGAAGUAGGGACAGGAGUUUGCUUGCCUCUUGUCUUUUCUUUCAAGAACAAAACUAGCUGAUUUGGUGUCAGACCUUGAUCAGGAGAGCUCCCGAAACAUUAAAACCAGGCUGAUAUCUUCUCCUUCUCCAUCUUCCUGAACUUCCUGUCCUGCACAGAUGUGGACCAGCUUCUUAUCUCACGGCUGAAGAUGCUGAGAGCUGCGGUUGAAGAUAUCUAGGAAAUAUGACAGUUCUAGAAGGCUAUGCCUGUAGUAAGAAAGUUAAGACCAAGAUAUCACAGGCAGCUCUUUAUCAAAUAUAUUGCAGAACAUGCCUAUGGGUCUUUAUCAAAGGGGCAGCCACAGUGGAAGCCGAUUUCCUGCUGAACAGGAAGUGGGGCAGCUGAAGCCUUUGGUCUUCAGCUGUUCAUCUCUUCAGGAAUGCUCAGAUGUUUCCCCUUAAGAGUUCUGCUUCCUUAGAAUAAGGAGCCGCAUGGACCCACCUCUUUAUUUUUUUCUGGGAGCAAAGUAGUUGGGAGAUAAUUUGGGAAGAUGGGAGAGAGAUUUUUGAAUGGAUAAAAAAAUAACACGCCGUUUCACCAUCAUGGAUUCUACAGCUGUUUUACUGGAGAAGAAAAACAUACCUCCCGGAUGUGCGUGUAGGAAGAUGGGAGGGGGAUCAAAGCAGAAUUAGAUGUACAGGAAGCCCAGGAACUGCAGGUCAGUGUUUCUCAACCUCGGCAACUUUUUAAGAGGCAUGGACUUCAACUCCCAGAAUUCCUCAGCCAGCACAGCAGGGUGAACUCUUCCAUUUUGGGAGCUGAAGUCCCCGCAUCUUAAAAGUUGCCGAGAGGUUGAGAAGUACAGUGCUAGAUCGUGCAAGCAGUGUUAAUGAGUAUGGCUGAGGGGAGAAGAGAAUGCACGGAAGUUGGCUGGGAACACUUGCUAAAAUUGUUUGAAGCACAGUGGCUGUUAAAUGCUCAACACCUUUUCUCAAGCAAUGCUUUACUUUCCAGUUAAAACAUGAAUUAAUUUAGUCUUCACCAGGCCAGCUCAAUUACUUGUACGUCUCAGAGCUUGGCUUUUAAAAAUACUAGGGCAGGGGUAGCAACCUUGGCUCUUUUAUGACUCGUGGACUUCAACUCCCAGAAUUCCUGAGCCAGCCAUGCUCAGUUGAAGUCCACGAAUCAUAAAAGAGCCAAGGUUGCCUACCCCUGUACUAGGGAAACCAGCUUAGUUUACAUCAGCCUUGGUUAGCUUGGCAUCUUCUGAAUGCACUGGAACAGAAGCUUCCCUAACUGUGAGUCGGUAUUUUGUAGUCCAAUGCACCUAAAGGGCAAAGGUGCUUUAGAUCUUAACUAUGCAGGGCUAGAGGUUUUACACUUGUGAAUGGUACACACUUAAGAGCUUGGUACACACUUUAUCAUGUAUUCUCAGACUCAUUUCUAUAAGUGGAGGAGGGUGGGUGCCAAUUUGGGGCAUGUUUAUUUUUAAAAUAAAAUGUUUUUAAAAGAAUGAAGCUUGUCUAAGUCAAGUUACCAAAAUAUGCUGGAAUUAAAUAAUAAAUAGAUCAUUCCCAGA